ACGUGUUAUGGAUAUAAAUCGUCGAUGCGUCUGCUUGAGAUUCCAGCUUAUAGAUUUAUAGCCGGGUUAACAAGUCUGAAGAAAAACAGGAUUUGCAAAAUAGUAAACUAAUUUUCAUCAUUUAAACAUUCUACAGUUAUAAGAUCAUCAUCUUAGUGCUGUUGUAAUUAUGUUUGAACGAUAUCUAGCUGCUCUUGAAUACCCGGCUCCUGGAGGCAUCAAUAUCGAUGAUCCCAAGGAAUUUCGCAACAUUAUCCUGUGGCUGGAGGAUCAGAAAAUCCGCCAUUACACCAUCGAAGAUCGGGCCAACUUGAGGAAGGUAACGUCUCCAGCCGAUUGGGAUCCGGCUUAUGAGAAGUACAAGUUGGAUCUCAAAUUUCCGGUGUCGGAUCUCAAAUCGAAGGCCGAGGAACUUACCUGGUUAUUCUUGUACGCGAUAAAGCUGGAAUACUCGGACAGCGUGGACCGAUACAGGCCCAUUUCCGGUGCCAAGAAGCAGGAAGAAGAAAAGAAGGCGACGGCUGCACCCCAGAUCAAGUCUACCAAUCCUUUCGACAAUAUCGAUUGUAGGUUGAUGAAGUUUUGUUUCCCAAUUUCAGUCACCAGCCCGGAUUUCGAGCAAGGCUCACGUAAUUUGGCUGAGAAAUUGGGCGUAGCCUAUCACCCGGACCAUUUAGUGUCGCUUCGAUCUGCUGGUCGGGUCAUUUCAACCAUGUUCAACAAGGAAGUACUCAAAGAACCGAUCAUAACCGGGAAACCGUUUCCGCUGGACGAAGGAACCGGAAUGGGAUUCUCCAAGGAACCAGACAUGGAAAAGGCGGCUCGCAUUCUCCGAUUGUUGCAAAUACAAAACCUUCGAAAAUUGCAAACGGCAAUCAACGAAACGAUUGUUUCGGUGCAAAAUAUUACAGCUGACCCCCGUACGGAUACCUCGCUGGGAAAAGUUGGCAUGAAGUAGAUUUUCGGAUGAACGGAAUGCUGUUUUCUUAAAAAAUACUAUACUGUCUAUAAUAAACCCUAAUAUAUAAACAAUUGAAACUA